AUGGCUCCCAUGGGAGACAAUGUUGUUGUGUCCAACAUGGAACUCGAGAGGUUGCUCAGCAUGAAAGGAGGCAAAGGAGAAGCCAGCUAUGCCAACAAUUCCCAAGCACAGGCCAUACAUGCGAGGUCGAUGCUUCACCUUCUGAGAGAGACUCUAGACAGAGUUGAGCUUGUUGAGGGACGUGAGGUACCGUUUGUGGUGGUGGACUUGGGGUGUUCGUGUGGGAGCAACACCAUAAACGUGGUGGAUGUGAUGAUAAAGCACGUCAUGAAACGGUACGAGGUAUUGGGGUGGCAGCCACCAGAGUUCUCAGCUUUCUUCUCAGACCUUCCCAGCAAUGACUUCAACACACUCUUUCAGCUCCUUCCUCCGCUCGCCAACUAUGGCGUCAGCAUGGAAGAAUGCCUUGCCGCCAACAACCACCGCUCCUACUUCGCCGCCGGUGUCCCCGGUUCUUUCUACCGGAGGCUUUUUCCGGCCAGGUCUGUGGAUGUUUUCCACUCAGCCUUCUCUUUGCACUGGCUUUCUCAGGUGCCAGAAAGUGUAGUGGAAAAGAGGUCAAGUGCAUACAACAAAGGAAGGGUGUUUAUCCAUGGUGCUGAUGAGAGCACAGCAAAUGCUUACAAGAAACAAUUCCAAACAGACUUGGCAGGCUUUCUGAAGGCAAGGUCAGUGGAGAUGAAGAGAGAGGGGUCCAUGUUCUUAGUUUGCUUGGCCAGAACUUCAGUGGACCCCACAGACCAAGGUGGGGCAGGCCUUCUUUUUGGGACCCACUUUCAGGAUGCUUGGGAUGAUCUUGUCCAAGAGGGACUGCUUAGUCAAGAAAAACGAGACAGUUUUAACAUUCCAGUUUAUGCAGCAAGCCUGCAAGACUUCAAGGAGGUGGUUGAAGCAAAUGGUUCAUUUUCCAUAGACAAGCUUGAGGUAUUCAAAGGAGGAAGUCCACUUGUGGUGAACCAACCAGAUGAUGCAAGUGAAGUAGGCAGAGCUCUAGCCAACAGCUGCAGGACUGUGUGUGGAGUCCUUGUUGAUGCCCACAUAGGUGACAAACUAAGCGAGGAACUUUUUCUUAGAGUGGAACGUAGAGCUACUACCCAUGCCAAAGAGCUAUUAGAGCAACUACAGUUCUUUCACAUAGUUGCAUCCCUUUCUUUUGCUCAAUGA